AUCUGCCCCACCUUGCUAAUUAGGUCCCUUGUUGUCCAGACCUUUUACAAGUGUCACCGUUAACCUGACUCACAUCAAGACCUUUAAAAAUCGGUCAUUCCUCCUCCACGGUUUCUCCUCCAUUCGCAAGCCGGCUACCUCCAAGAUGACAGGCUUCAACCUCCAGACCUGCGCGCGCCCCAACAUCCUGCAAUUGAUACCGUACCGGUGCGCUCGCGAUGACUACAAAGACGACGGCACCAACAUCCUCCUGGACGCGAACGAGAAUGCCUUCGGGCCCAGCCUGCCGGCAUCCUCCUACGACGCCACGCUGCACCGCUACCCAGACCCGCACCAGCACGAGCUGAAGCAGCUAUUCUGCAACCACCGCAACGUCGGCGCCCCGCUCCCGGUCGUCCCCCAAACGCCGCUCACCCCGGAAAACCUCUUCCUCGGCGUCGGCUCCGACGAGUGCAUCGACGCGCUGCUGCGCGCCUUCUGCGUCCCCGGCCGCGACAAGAUCCUGACGUGUCCGCCCACGUACGGGAUGUAUUCAGUGUCAGCGCAGGUGAACGACGUGGCGGUGGUACGGCACAACCUAGUCGUGCCGGAGUUCGGCGCCGACGCCGCGGGGAUCUGCGAGCUCCUCGCCUCCCCCGCGGGCAGGGAGAUAAAGCUGCUGUACCUGUGCUCGCCGGGGAACCCGACGGGGCGGCUGAUCGAGCCGGCGGCGGUAAAGAGCGUGCUGGAUCAUCCUACAUGGAACGGAGUGGUUGUUGUUGAUGAGGCCUAUGUCGACUUUGCGGCACAGGGAAGCUCCCUCGCACCUUGGGUCACCGAGUUCCCGAACCUUGUGGUUAUGCAGACCCUCUCGAAGGCGUUUGGCCUCGCGGGUAUCAGGCUCGGCGUCGCGUUCACGAGCCCCGAGAUCGCAACGAUCCUCAAUUCGCUUAAGGCGCCGUACUCGAUCUCGAGUCCGACGAGUGCGCUGGCGACCGCGGCGAUGGGUGCCGAGGGGCUGGAGGUGCAGAGGGUCAAGGUCGCGGCUAUUGUGAAGGAGCGCGAGAGGUUGAUCAAGGAACUCCCCGGGAUCGAGGGUGUGGGUAAGUUCCGCGGCGGGUUCGAUGCGAACUUCUUGCUCGUUGAGAUGCUGGAUGCCGCGGGGAAGCCGUGUAAUGAGGUCGCGCUGAAGACAUACGAGAUGCUCGCGGAGACGAGGGGCGUGGUCGUGAGGUUCCGUGGGAAGGAGUAUGGUUGCAACGGGUGCCUCAGGAUGACAGUCGGGACACCGGAGGAGAAUACUACCCUGCUGGAACGGUUGGCGGAGGUGUUGAAGGAGGUGAGGAAGUAGGGGGAUUGUGAUAGAUCGUUUGAUAUCCUAGAAGCGAGUGCUCAAUAGGUGUGCCCUUCCGAGAACGGGCACGAAUGACAUGUUGUGAACGGC